CCGCAUCUCUGCUGACAGACAAUCACAGUUCUGCAUUGCGUGGCGUCUGCGUUUGUAUCCCUCCAAAGUGGAAUGCAACACAACUCAGAAACCGUAUUCAGUUUUGCGCUUUAGGAGAGAUUUUAUGGGUUCGCUCAUUCGUUGGACUUGCACUGAAGUAUUUUUUUGUUACGAAAAACAUGACUGGAGUUUUUGACAGCCUCAGUACAGAUAUGCAUUCAAACCAGAUUACCUCCAGCAGUUACCACAGUCUUCACAAAUCCCAGGAAUCCCCGACUCUUCCGGUCUCCACCGCUACCGACAGCAGCUACUAUAACAAUAACCAGCAGACUGGGCAGUGCGCAGGCUCUCCAUACGGCCAGAUCAGCUCUUACCAAUACCAGAACAACAGCAUGAACAGCGUCCAGUACAACACCAAAUCAUAUGAGCUGGGCUUCGGCAACGCGUUUGGCUCCUAUGGCACGUACGGCUCCUGCUCCUCAGCACCUCCUGCAGAUGCUGAAAAAGAGGAAAGUGAACCUGAGAUUCGAAUGGUUAAUGGAAAACCAAAGAAAGUCAGAAAACCUCGCACUAUUUACUCGAGUUUCCAGCUGGCGGCCCUGCUGAGGAGGUUUCAGAAGACCCAGUAUCUGGCCUUGCCGGAGAGAGCUGAGCUAGCCGCUUCUCUGGGCCUUACGCAAACACAGGUUAAAAUCUGGUUCCAGAAUCGUCGUUCGAAGUUCAAGAAGUUGUGGAAGAAUGGAGAAAUCCCACCCGAGCAGCAUGUGGCCUCCAGUGAGUCUCCAGCUCAGCCUUCGCCGCCUCUCAACGCGGCCUGGGACUUCGCGCACAGCGCUGUUCACACGGGUUUGUCUCAGAGCAGCAGCAGCCCCCCGAGCACAACUACCCCUUCCUUUCUGACUAACUACCCCUGGUACUCCACGAGCCAUCUACAGCCGCCACUUCACCACAACACAAGUGUCAGCGCCGGGACCAUAUUUUGACUCGACAGACUCUAAACAAAAACUGGGGACUUCAUUUUGCGAACUUGCAUCAAAUGACUUUUAGGCCUGUUUUCCAGUAUGACCUUUGCCACGUUGAUCAUUGCCAGUGCGUUUUGGGCGUAACACUGUUUCUUUUCAUGCAUUGUCGUCAACAAGCAGACACUAAAGAAUCAAACAUAUAGGCUAGAAUUAUUUUUGUAUUUAUUUAUUUUGUUCUAUGGGAUUCAAACCAGUUGCUCGGUGAACUACUAUUAUCCAAAGCCUAGAGAGCUCAUGCGGACACUGAUGGAGUGAAUAUUGCAGCAGGGUGUAAGAGCACAUGUAGCACAACCUGAAGCUGUUCGGUGCCUUUUGAAAAUAACUUAUCUGUCCCUUUCCACCGUAAAUGUGUUUCAUGCGCCUGUCUUUGAUUUGUUUUUAGACUUUUUGUUCGUUUGAUAUUUAGUGCGUCAGGUAAGUUGGAAAUCGGGUGUACGUCUCUGUACGUGUGCUCCACCGCGUGUUUAAUAAUGUUGUCAUUCGUAUAUCAUAUAGGGUUCUCACUGUUUUAAAUAAUAUGGACAAAACACUAAUGAAAAACACUCGUAAGCUACUGAUUGUCCUAAAGUCAUGUUCACAUGUAAAAGGGUAUUUUCUCUGGAGUACUUUGUUUUAGGCUAUUUAUUUUGAAAACCGAAUGAACAUUUCUGACACUAUAAUGAUUCAGACUUAUUUAAAUAAAAUGAAACCUUCCAU